AUGAAGCUCGUGACGAUAUUGGCCGUCGCUGCUUUAUUGAGCCUUGCCUCAGCCGAUAUUUCGGUUAACACGGAGGCGAAGUCGGUCGUGCGGAACUUACGAAUGGAGGUGCCACAGUCGAUGGCUGCCAGGCCGUCGUCGCCGCACCACCACCACCACCACCACCCGCAGCACUACUCUCCGCCGAGGGCCCAGCCGCAGCGGCGCGAUCACGGACACGACCAUGACCGGAACCGACAGGGCGCGACCAAUCCACCCCGUUCGACCUCUAUGCCUCUGCAUUCACCGCACCACCAUGCCACGCAUCCCCCGCGUUCGCCUCCCGACCGGCAGCAGUACCUCUCGACACCAGCGCGUCAGCCAGAGCUGCGCGGCCACACCGAGUCGGCCCGCAACAGUGGCUAUCCAGUAAAUCGAGAGAGCUGGAGCGCGCCUGCCCGCCACCCGGACUACUACCAAUCAACACCAACGCGCCAGCCCGAGCGUCAUGAUCGUCCCGAGGCGAACCACGCCAACCCGUCUAGCGCUAGACACAACGCAAACCAUUCAAGAAACCCUUACCGUCCGGCCAACCCCGCGAGCCCCAGCAACCCGUCCAACCCUGGCGCCUUCGAGAACGCUGCCAACCCCUACACCCCCGGCGGCCCCUCUCACCCUAGGAACCCGUCUACUCCUUCAACCCCUGCGCGCCCAACAACUCCGGCUACCCGGUAA